GAAAACUCAUACCUGGAGAUCCCUUGAUCUUGCCGCUUUCUGAAGCAUUUGCCCAACUGCCAGCUUGCCCAGGAGGUUUCGCUUGACCAGAUUUUGGCCCGAGACCACCGUUGCUGAGAAGACGCUGUUCCAGCCAUGUCCAUCCGUUCCGUCUUGGUGGUCCUCCUUUGGGUUCAGCUUGACCUUGUGGCCGCAUCCUCGUUCAACGAGACCGGCCGCAGCUUGGGAGUGUGCCCAAGUGGCAAGGUGGAUUGUGGCGUGUGCAAGUGCGUGGAAGCCACCACCUGCAAGUGGUGCAACGGCAUGGGUGGCCCUGCGACCGUGGGGUCCCGCCCCCAGCGGCCCAGCGCGGGCGCUUCGAGCUGCGGGUCGCCGGACCUGGUGAAUUGUGGAAUUUGCCGCUGCACUCCUCGCAGCUCGUGUGCCUUCUGCGAUGGUGAAGGGGGCCCGGCGACGAUCAUGGCACCCAUCUCAGGUGGAUUCAAUGGCAAGCCACUGGUGGUGAUGAGCUUGGUGCUCCUAAAAUUGGUCCUGUAAAAGGUCAAGAGCAACCUGGACCGCUUUCGGCACCGCUUUUGCCAGCAUCGUGCCCUUGUUGGAGCCUAGUGUGAGCUAGGUGCUCCAGUUUUGUCCAGGCGGCUGUUCGCCGAAGCCCAAGAGCCUAGAGCUGGUCAUUUUAGAGUUGCUGGUUGAGCUGAAUCAA